GGAGGAAGAUGCGGCGCACGUCCGAGCUGACGCCGCUGGUGGCGGAGGGCGCGCGCGUUCCACGGCCGUCGGAGCCUGUGCAGCGCCCGCGCCGCCUCUCCACGCGCGCGUCGCUACUCGUGGCCGCCGGCGUGGCGCUGCUGCUCACGUUCGCGUUCGUGAUGCGCCAAGACGCGACGCUAUCAAGUGUGAAGAGCCUCAAGGGCGUCGUCACUAACAAGUCUGAGAGACCCGAACAAGAUUUCUUCUGCGGGAUUACGAAUCACGAGACGGGCUACAUUAAAUUACCCAACAAGGACGACGACCACUACUUCUACUGGUUCGUCGAGUCGCGCAGCAGUCCGCAGAAGGACCCUUUGGUGCUCUGGCUCACGGGCGGCCCCGGCUGCUCCAGCAUGAUGGCGCUACUGGCCGAGAAUGGUCCUUGCCACGUGCAGCCGGACCUGUCCACCAAGACCAACCCGUACUCGUGGAACGGACAGGCCAAUGUUAUUUGGCUGGACCAACCCACAGGCGUGGGCUACUCGUACGGCCCCAAGGUGGACUACGACUCUGGGGAGCUCAAUGUGGCGGAGAACAUCUUCUGGUUCUUGCAGGAAUUCCUCAAGAAACACCCGGAUCUUGCCGACCGGGAGUUCUUCGUGACGGGGGAGAGCUACGGUGGACACUAUGUCCCCGCCACCGCCAGCCACAUACUGAAGGCCAACAUGCUCCGUCACUCGAGCUCCGAGACUUUCCAUAUCAAUUUGGCGGGGAUUGCAGUAGGCAACGGACUCACGGACCCGGCGGUGCAGUACCAGCACAGUGUCGACAUGGCCUUCAACUCAUACAACGUGUCGCUGCUGGACGAGCAGGGGAUCGAAGAAAUGCGCAAGGCGCAGCCAGUGUGCCAUGAGCUCAUUCUGAGGUGCCAGAAGGAGCGGUUGGCGUGCUUUGAUGCUAUGGAAUUUUGCUUCGGAGCGCUGGAAGGACCCUACUACCAGUCAGGACGCAACCCGUACGACAUCCGCGAGCCCUGUGCGGAGGAGAACGUGAUGAAGUGCUUCCACUUUGAGCACAUCGACGAGUACUUGAACUCGCCGGCGGUUUUGGACAAGCUCGGUGUGGAUGUAGACAAGUCGAAGCCUUGGCGUGAGUGCGAUGCCACGGUGGGCGCUGGGUUCGUGUUCGACGAAAUGGUGUCCUCGGCCAACGACGUGAAGCUGCUUCUGGAUUCAGGCGUGCGUGUGUUGAUCUACGCUGGUGAUGCCGAUCUCAUGUGCAACUGGGUGGGGAACCAGGCGUGGGUGAUGGAGCUGGACUGGAGUGGCAAGACGGAGUUCAACAACGCGCCGAACCGCCCCUUCAUUACUUCUGAAAGCGUGGACGCAGGGCGUGUUCGCGCGUUCGAGAACUUGGCUUUCAUCCGCGUGUUCAAUUCCGGCCACAUGGUGCCGAUGGAUCAGCCUGCAGUCUCGUUUGAGAUGAUCGACAAGUUCUUUCAAAACGAGGAGUUCUGA